CCGUGGGAGUUAUCUUCUUAAAAGAGAAUAAUUAAACAAAAAGAAAAACAAAAUACUAGACUGACCACCUACAAGCCCGGCCAUUCAACAUCAGUUAUAACUUUGAAAACAAAAUAGAAAAAAACAAGGAGUAUAGGGAAACAAAGGUGCCAUAGACGUGUGUGAGUCUGUAUUUGUGUUGGGGCUGGGGGUGCGGGGGGUGAGGUAAGAUGUGUUGGUGCAGCGGCAUAGGUAGGGCAGAGGCACGGGCGGGGCAGGGAGAGGGAAGGCCAUUCACCACCUGGACUCCCGCGGCCGUAAUGUCGGGAAUAAAGUCUAAACUGGUGGCCGGCCUCCCCGUCCCCGCCGCGGCAACUCACACAGCGACUGUUUGCGCCCGGAACGCGGCGAGGCAACAGUUUUCAUUCGCCUCGCCUACUGAGCCUGAGGCGUGGGCGGUGCUCCCAAACUGUGUGAAAUUAGUAAAGGUGCACGGCAGUCUGAUGCUGGUGUGUGGUGCAGGAGUGAGUGUUGUUGCUGCUCAUGUGUGGGAGAGGCGUGGUACUGCCAAUGAGUGAUGACUGAGGGAGAGAGGCAUGUGUGUGCCGCGAGUGGUGCUGCUGUGUGAAGGAAAAAAGGCGUGGGUGGUGUUUUGCUGUGUGAGGCAGAGGCAUGGGUGGUGAUCUGAGGGCAAGGCGUAGCAGAUGCUUCUGCUAUGCGAGGGCUGAGCGUGGGUGCGUGGGUGGUGGAGGGCUUGGCAGACGCAGCCACGUGCCCCAGAUUUGAUAUUCGUGCUCCCUCGGCAACCCAUUCAUGCAGCGAUAUAGCGAGACUCGGUGAAGCAACGUGAGAGAUACAGACUGGGGCGCCUCAAGCCGUCCCAAUGUGCAUAACCGGUUGGCAGAUAUGUUCAACGAAAAUAAUAUUACAUGAAAUGUAUGUAUAAAAAGAGUUGCAAGCGACAUCGGGGGGAAAGAAGCACAAUGGUCAUAUGAAAUAAAAUAAACGCAGCCUCUUGGUGAGGAAAAUGAAAAAAGACAAUGCAAAAGAAAGACAAUUUAACCCGGAAAGAAAAAGCGAAAAAUAAAUAGGUUGUGAAAAUAUGACGAGUGCAUGAAAACUUGGAACAAAUAAUUUUAGUUAUUGGAAAGAAACAAACCCUCAUAACAAGACGCUCACAGCAAACUCCUGGCAAACAAUGAACAAACACACAGCAAAAGAAGGACAAUGUUUGCCCGGGAAGGAAAAACGGGAAAAAACUGGGUCAAGUGAGAACACGGCGAGGAAGAGCAGCGGGGCAUCGACACCCCGAACACGUUUUAAGCCGUUGUAGCGCCACCCUCGGGCCAGCUAACGGCCGCCCCAUCUGGCUCCACGCACUCCGUAAACGAGCUCAGAGAUGUGCACGGCAAUCUCGGCCCAGCAUCACAACCACGCCAACCUACGCAAGCCUGUGUCCACCCUUUCCAUCCCUGGGUCGAUGAAGGGGGGCGCAGGCGGCGGAGGCGGGCGCGGCGGUGAGGGCGAAGACUCCGGCAUCGCGCUGGUGGGCGUCCACUCGGAGUACCCGCGCUACACCGAGGAAAAAGGCGGCUCGGGAGGCGGCAAGAACGCCUCCUUCAAGCUGCGCAACAAACCUAACGUUGGGUACCGCCUCGGACGACGCAAGGCGCUCUUCGAGAAGCGCAAGAGGAUAUCAGACUAUGCCUUGGUGAUGGGCAUGGUGGGCAUCAUCGUCAUGGUCAUCGAGAACGAGCUGUCCUCCGCCCACGUGUAUGAUAAGGGCUCCUCCGCUUCACACGCUCUCAAGACCCUGAUCAGCGUCUCGACCGUCAUUCUUCUCGGACUCAUAUGUGCCUACCACGCCCUCGAGGUGCAGCUGUUCAUGAUCGACAACUGUGCGGAUGACUGGCGAAUCGCGAUGACGUGGCAGAGGAUAGCGAGGAUAGCGAUGGAGCUAAUCAUCUGCGCCGUCCAUCCCAUCCCGGGCAAGUACUUCUUCCUCUGGACGACCAAGCUCUCCAACCAUGGCGGGGUGGAGGGCUCACAGUGGGUGCCUAUCGACAUCACCCUCUCGCUGCCCAUGUUCCUGCGUCUGUACCUCAUUUGUAGGGUGAUGCUCCUUCACUCCAAGCUGUUCACUGACGCCUCUUCGCGGAGCAUCGGGGCGCUGAACCGAAUCAACUUCAACACACGGUUUGUUCUCAAGACACUGAUGACCAUAUGUCCGGGCACUGUGCUGCUCGUGUUCAUGGUGUCUUUAUGGAUCAUUGCCUCAUGGACCUUACGGCAGUGCGAGAGGUACCAUGACGAAGAACAUGCCAAUUUGUUGAACACCAUGUGGCUUAUAGCGAUCACAUUCUUGUCCGUGGGGUACGGUGAUAUAGUCCCAAAUACUUACUGUGGGAGGGGUAUAGCGGUGACAACAGGCAUCAUGGGGGCCGGAUGCACAGCGCUACUGGUCGCUGUGGUCUCACGUAAAAUGGAACUUUCCCGGGCGGAGAAACAUGUCCACAAUUUUAUGAUGGACACCCAGUUAACGAAGAGGUUAAAAAACUCAGCGGCCAACGUGCUGCGAGAGACGUGGCUCAUCUACAAACACACGAAGCUGGUGAAAAAGGUGAACCACGGCCGCGUCAGAACCCAUCAACGGAAGUUCCUCCUCGCCAUUUACGCGCUGAGGAAGGUGAAGAUGGACCAGAGGAAGCUCAUGGACAACGCCAACACCAUCACCGACAUGGCCAAGACGCAGAACACUGUCUAUGAGCUGGUGUCGGACAUGAGCGGGCGCCAAGACGUGCUGGACGAGCGGGUCGGCUCCAUGGAGGAUCGUCUCGCCUCUAUACAGGAGUCCCUGGACGCGUUACCAGACGUGAUGGGUCGCUGCUUGCAGAAACACCAGGAGCUGCUGGACCAGCGGCGGCUCACCGGCCCCUCCUCCAACUCCCUCCAUCCCGACAUGGCGGCACGGGCCACCGGCUACCCGGCCCUUACGGCUAGUCAGUCUCCGAGAAGUUCAAAUGUUUGGCAGCAGCAACAACAACAGCAGCAGCAACAACAGCAGCAGCAGCAGCAGCAUCAACAAACACAGGCCAACGUGCCGCCGCCACUGUUCCCGCGGACAGGGUUAAGUCCGACGCUGCCAGGGCUCUCGGCGCCAGCGACCGCUGUAAAUAGUUUGUCAGGGGAGCGGUCGCCAUCAGCGCUGAGCGCACAGUCGCUGCCCAAAUCGGAGGCAUGAAGUCAAGCCGUCCAGCUGCGGGCAGCAGCAGAAGUGAGAGUAGCAACUGACUUUGUUUGCAGGCUACUGCUGAUGUCCGCACUCUACUCUCUUCAAUACUCGCCCUCACACCAACAUCACUUUCACACUCUUGCGGUCCACCUUGCGUACUGUUCAUGACGGGGACUUUGUGGCUACUAUGUGGCCUGUUAACCCCACGCUAUCCUCCCACCCACUUUAUGAUCCUCCACUUUUUUCAUAUCACUCAGUGCACAAUGUGAUAUUAGGCAAGCAGUUAUGGAGGAAGUACAUUUGACCGUGUCUGGCGCUGUCUCUCCUCGGUGCUCCUGCAUUAGUGUAACUCCGGCAGAAGGCGAAGACUGCUGCCGGCACAAAGACUGGCGUCGAGUUUAUAAAUGCAUUAUAACCUUUGUGUUAUUUUAUCUAACUCAUGAAGUACCACACAAUAUUGGAAACAUGUUCUAAAACCAUAAAUCUAAUAUAGUGAGUGCCAGUUCCCUACACUCAGCACCUCGCCGCCGCAGCUGCCACCAGUAUAACAACAGUCAGCGCUGCUGGGCGGCCUUGGUCCCUGGCAGACGCUGGCGUGCCCAGGGAGGUGCAGGAGCUGGGAGGCACCGCGACCACUAAUAGUCACUAAACACGCAUAGGUUAGAUUAGACGGUGGCCGAGUCCCUGGUGGACAGCCAUCACGCCUUAGGAGACAUCCUGAAACGCUCUUCUGCUGGAGGAACACGAUUGCUGGAAAACCUCAGGAGUUCAAAAAGAUGUUACUUCGGCAUAAUAACUUCGAGAAAUAUAUUACUAAAGUUA